UUGGAGGUUUGUGAAACUAGAAUCAAAACAAUAACGGUAGAAAAAUCGGUUAAAAUUCGUUCGGUACAAAUCGUGACAUUCUGCGCACUGACUUUUGUACGGUAUGACUAAACAUGCUGACGUGAUAUAUAAAGUAGUGAUGCAAUAUAUAAUUUAAUUUGUGUUCGUAUGGAACAGUGAGACGGACCUACUGAGUGCUUAAACUAUUAUCAUUUUUUGGAAUUAAUAAAUAAUUGAGACACCAUGGGGAAAGGUCAUAAGAAAAAAAAGUCCAAACAACAGCAACAACAACAACAAGGAUUAGCAGCUGCUCAGGAACAACAAGUGGGAACAUCAGUUGCACAUCAGCAACAGCAGCAAAGGCAAGAUACUUCUCCGCAGCAACCAAAAACACCACCAGGUCCUCCGCAGCAACCAAAAAUACCACCAGGUCCUCCGGAACAACAAAAAACACCGCCAGGUCCUCCGCAGCAACAAAAAACACCACCAGGUCCUCAGCACCAACAACAAUCACAAUGGGGUCCACAGAAGCAGCAACAAGGACGUGGUAUUUCUCCGCACCAACAACAAGGACGAGGUAUUUCUCCGCACCAACAACAAGGACGAGGUAUUCCUCCGCACCAACAACAAGGACGAGGUAUUUUCCCGCACCAACAACGAGGACGAGGUAUUUCUCCGCACCAACAACAAUCCGGUCGUCAGGAGCAGCAACAAGGACCAUGGCGUUCACAGCAGCAACAACAAACGCCACCUGGUCCUCAACAGCAACAACGAGUACCAUGGGGUCCACAGCAGCAACAACAAACGCCACCUGGUCCUCAACAGCAACAACGAGGACCAUGGGGUUCACAGCAGCAACAACAAACGCCACCUGGUCCUCAACAGCAACAACGAGGACCAUGGGGUUCACAGCAGCAACAACAAACGCCACCUGGUCCUCAACAGCAACAACGAGUACCAUGGGGUCCACAGAAGCAACAACAAAUAUCACCUAGUCCUCAGCAACUACAACAAACACCACCUGGUUUUCAGCAGCCACAACAAGUGCCACCUGGUUUUCAGCAACACCAACAAAUGCUCCCUAGUCCACAGCAGCAACAACAAAUGCCACCUGAUCUUCAGCAACAACAGAAAACACCCCCUAGACCUCAGCAAGAACAAACAUCACAAGAACCUGGACAAAAACAAAUUACAACUUAUAGAAGUGAUAGAUUUACUGUGGGGAAAUUAACAAGUGCUAUGCAGAAUAUGUACUUGGAACAAAUACCAAAGAGAAAGGCUGCCAAAGGAGGAGUUAUGGGUCGGCCAAUUAUUGUGGAGACGAAUAUGCUAAAAAUCAUUUUGGAUAAGUUACAAACACAUGUUGUCCAUUAUGAUGUAAUUAUUGAACCAGACAAGCCGAAGUUUCUGAUGAGACCAGUAUUUGAAGAAUAUAGGAAAUUGCAUUUUCCAAGCAGAUAUCCAGCGUUCGAUGGGAAGAAAAAUGCGUAUAGUGCGAAAGAACUUCCUUUCGGUGAUAUAAGUGAAGAAGAUGAAGUGAAAGUUUACGAUGUUGAACGUCAACAGGAUCGUCCGUUCAAGGUUUAUUUAAAGAGAGCAGCAGUUAUUGAUUUAUCAUGGUUAAAGAAAAUUAAUUUUGGAUUCAUGGAUUUGCAAAGUGAACAGAGUGGUAUGCAAGCUUUGGAGAUCAUUCUGAAACAUGGGUCAGCAAAUACCUGUGUCAGUGUGGGCAGAUCACUUUUUCCACAUCCAGAACCAGGUAGAGUUGUGGCAUUAUCAAAUGGCUUAGACUUGUGGGUUGGAAUUUUCCAGUCUGCUGUAAUCGGAUGGAAACCAUACUUGAAUGUGGAUGUUGCCCACAAAGGAUUUCCAUCUCCUCAAAUGAUUAUCGACUUAAUGAAAGAAAUGUGCAAACAUCCGAAGGAUGAACAUCCCCUGGAAAAUAUAACACCAGAGGAUGUAAGCCGCAAUGCGGAUAAAAUAACGAAGUAUUUGAAAGGAUUAAAAAUUCAGUAUGAAAUACCAGGACAAAGUAAUAGUAGGAGGACAUACAGAGUUAACGGAUUAGUUGAAUGCCCGAGACAAAAUAAAUUCACUUUAGAAAACGGACAACAAUGCACAGUUGAGAAUUAUUUUAUUCAGCAAAAAAGAUAUAGGUUGCAAUAUCCAGAGUUGCCAUGCCUUUGGGUAGGAUCACGGUCUAAUGAACGUAGAAUACAUUUACCAGCAGAGUUGUGUACAAUCGUAGCGGGGCAGGUGAUACAAAGAAAAAUGGAUGACAGUCAAACAUCGAAAUUGAUUAGAUAUGCUGCAACUGACACUCAAAGACGUAAAGAGAAGAUUAUGCACGGAUUUAGAAAGAUGAAACUAAAUGAACAGCCGACACUUUCGAAAGAAUUUAACUUGUCUGUAAAUUGUGAGUUUGAAAAAGUACCGGCUAGAGUACUGGAAGCUCCUGUAUUGGAAUACAAGGCAAAGACAAGGGUAAACGUAAUCAAAGGAGUGUGGCGAGCUACCGGCUUUAAAUUGGCAACCAGAUUAGCAGACAAUGAGUGGACUAUUUUGAAUUUGGAUAAAUUCACACAAGAACGUACAAUACAGGAUAGUUUACAUAUUCAAUUACGGACAGGCGCGGAGAGCAUUAAUAUGCAUAUUGGAAAAGCGCUAACCCCAUUUGUAACUUUAAAUAUACAAGGAAGAAACCUGACUACUAUAUCUCAAUAUUUUGCCGAAAAAAAGAGGCAGAAUCUAAAAUUGAUUGUGGUGAUAAUACCGAAUUUGGAUAAUGCGUAUAGUUUAGUGAAACAGAUAUCUGAAUUGAGAACAGCAGGCGGUAUAGUUACUCAAGUCUUAAAGGCACAAACUUUAAAAAAAUUAUCCCAAGCAACAAUUACAAAUAUUUUGUUGAAAAUUAAUUCAAAACUUAACGGUAUUAACCAUGAGAUCUUAGAAAACCCACCUUGCUUAAAACAGCCAUAUAUGUUAGUUGGGGCAGACGUAACUCAUCCAUCCCCCGAUUCUACAGAUAUACCUUCAAUUGCCGCGGUUGCUGCCAGUUAUAAUGCAAAUGCUUUUCAAUAUAAGAUUGAAUUAAGACUUCAGCCGCCUAGAGAAGAAAUGAUUCAGGAUCUUGAGACGAUAAUGCGAAUCAUGUUAUCGAACUUUCAUUCAACCGCACGUGUAAAGCCAACCAAAAUCAUCUUUUACCGUGACGGUGUAAGCGAAGGACAGCUACCUCAAGUAAUGCAUUAUGAAUUGUCUGCUAUAAAAAGAGCUAUCGCGAAAAUGGGAAACGGCGAUGAUAAAAUUCCAAUAACUUUCCUCGUCGUUCAAAAGAGACAUCACAUACGUCUCUUCCCUACUGAUAGAAGAAAUUCGGAUGACAGGAACUUCAAUGUGCAAGCUGGAACCGUCGUUGAUACUAACAUCACACAUCCAACACAUAUAGAUUUUUAUCUUGUAUCACACGCUAGUAUUCAAGGCACUGCUAGGCCUACGAAGUAUAGAUGUAUCUGCAACGAAAGUGAUCUGUCGGAAGAUGAGAUUGAACAGUUGACAUACUACCUUUGUCAUAUGUUCGCUCGUUGCACGAGGUCUGUUAGCUACCCUGCACCCACUUAUUACGCUCAUUUGGCUGCGUUCAGAGCUAGAGCAUUGAUACACGGUGUACCUUUAAACAUUAACAACCUCGAAGAAGAACAACGAGUGAAAAUGUCUUUACAAAUGAAAGAUACACCUAUGUUUUUCGUUUGAAGAUACUUAUUCAUAUAUCCUUUUAUUUUCGUAGAGUGGAAAGUUUUAUCAUCUUUAAUUAUUAUAUUAUAUCGUAUAUAAAUACGCACUACGAGGUAAAGGUAUUCAUAUACAGCUAUUUUAUAUCUUCAGCUGCUAAUAGCAUUUAUAAUAUGUCGAAUUAAAAAUGAUUUAUAUGUUAUAUAUUUUAAUAAUUUUGUAAAAAUUUAGUUAUUUGUUGUUGUGGAAACUGAUAGGAGCAAAUUUGAUAUUAAACAUUAUUUUAAAAAUA